GAAUAUCGAUCAAUCUGACCUUCUCCCGCCCUUAGGGUGGAUUCCUGUGUUUCAAAGGCCUCGUGGGCAUUCCACAUGACAUCAGGAUCGGCGCCAGGGGCGCCCACAAGAUAUAAACACCAGCGUCAGACACUUUCCCCUCUGACACCGUUCAUAUUCCGACAAUGAUCGCAUCGGCAAUAUAUGUUCUCCUGGGGCUUGUCUCUAUCGUCGCCUCAUCUCCCAGUCAACUAACCCUCACCUCCACCACAGCAUACCUUGACAACGCCAAGUGUGCCGUGAACACGCUACAGAAAUGGUACAAUCAAACGACAGGCCUGUGGGGUACAACCGGCUGGUGGAACAGUGCCAUUUGCCUGACCGUCCUGGGCGAUCUCACGGCACUGGACCCUUCCAUGCUGAACUCGAGCUCAGUAAUAUUCGACAAUACAUUCAUCCAAGCCCCAAAGUCCACUCUUUCCCAUAGUGUUCGCAAGCCAACGUCAAAGUACAAGCGUCAAUCACCCCUGAACGACACUGAAUCUAGUACUGAGUUUCUUAAUGAUUACUACGACGACGAGGGAUGGUGGGCGCUGGCGUGGAUUCAGGCCUACGAUUUAACUCAGGAUCAGCGAUACCUUGACACCGCAGUGAACAUCUUUGAUGACAUGGCAGCCGGGUGGGAUACUACAUGCGGGGGGAUCUGGUGGGACAAGAGCCAUACAGGCAACAACGCUAUCGAAAAUGAACUGUUCCUGAGCGUCGCUGCUCAUCUAGGGCGACGAAAAACCGAUAACGCAUCUUACUAUCUCGACUGGGCAAUGAAAGAAUGGGAGUGGUUCAAGAAUAGCGGGUUGAUUAAUAGUCAAAAUACCAUUAACGACGGACUGGAUCUGACAAGCUGUCAGAAUAACAAUGGCACAGUCUGGAGCUACAAUCAGGGCGUGGUUUUAGGGGGACUGGUGGAGUUGUCGCAGCUGGUCUCGAAUACAUCGUAUAUAACCACAGCGCAGCGGAUUGCAAAAGCAGCUAUACAGACAUUGAGCGAUGCCAAUGGGGUUCUCCAAGAAUCCUGUGAUCCGAACUGCACCGGGGAUGCGCCACAGUUCAAAGGUAUCUUGAUGCGAAAUCUUCAGAUGUUGUACCGGGCUAGUCCUGAUGACGGGGUGAAGCAAUUCCUGCAGCAGAAUGCCAACAGCAUCUGGCAGAAUGAUCAGGGUGAUGGGAAUCAACUCGGCCCCGUCUGGUCAGGGCCUUUCACUGCGGCUGAUGCAUCUACGCAGAGUUCUGCCUGUGAAGCAUUAGUGGCGGCGGCAGCCAUUCGCUGAGCUUAUGCGUCACUGGAAUAGUGCUUGCGCGUUAAUAAUGAAAGAGAGCUAGAUUCACGCAAUACAUUCAUGAGACUGUGCAGUGAUUGCCCAUCACGGGACUGACGGACAUAUCUACUAUAUAAAGGCUUUCCUCGCCGUCUUCUCCUCUAACCUCUGCAUUCUCCUGAGAUGG